AUGCCAAGCGGCACGCAGCUCGCUCGAGUGACCGACCGCUCGCCGCUGUUGCUCCCACUGACCGUUGCAGCAACCACCGACACGAACGUACCGUCGCAGCUGUACACGGUCGUGAAGAUCCGUCCAACGCUUGUGCAUUACCUGGUUGAUGGCCGCGUGUGGUGCGUUAUCAGGUCGAAAGUACCAAUCACAGACAUCGCCGACUUUAGUCCCGACCAGUUUGAUGGCGCUCGUCGUCAUCGACUUUUGAUCGCUGUAGCAGACGGGAACGUGUGGGUCGUGACGCUGCCCGUGCAUCUGCAGCCAUUGACUGGUGCUGUGCUUCGGGAAUUCGUCCUGGAACGAUCGUCCUGUGAAUCUGUGCAAUGGUUUUACCAGCUUUCUGGCGUGCAGUCAGUUCAACAUACGCUAGCACGGUCGACGUCGUUCAUUCUGAUGAGGAGCGUGGUGACGCCGUCGACGUUGAUUGCGAGCACGCGAAGAAGCUUCGAGUCCAAGCUGCACAGUUACCAGUCACUGGAGCUAACGGACCUCGAAGGCGAGCAGUCGACGUGCUCGCUUUGUCUACAUAGCCAAGACCCGAGGUAUACAAAGUUGCUGGAGCGUUUGUUUCCGGAAGUGGUAAACGAUGCCGAUGUGGCGGCUAUUGUACAGGGAGAUCUGGAUGGAAGCGUACGGUUCUCCUUGAUUCGUCAUUCAUAUACCGAGAAAAAUGGAACGAAGGUGUCUGUCAUUUGCAGCGGAACACUUUUCGAGCUAGAUCAGCCUGUCCAGAUGGUCAUUCCAUUCGCAUCUGCCCCGUGCUUGCCUGGACACUCCCCUGAAGCAAGCACGUCAGCAUAUGAUGCAUUGUUGUUCCUGGGUUCUAGAGGGCGAGUACAGGCGAUUCAGUCGAGGAGAGAUUGCUCGGUAGAUACCGUUUCAGUGCCAUCAAAGAAACUGGGAAUUCGACAUGCUGUACAGUCGCUGGCAUUUAUAAGCGGUUUGGGAGCGUUCAUUCUAUGCUCGAAUGGCUCGGCGUUUGUGUUUCGCAGAAAUGAUGUACUUGUGCAAUCUCAAGUUGAAGAUCCACAAGCCAUGUGCAAUGACCACGCAGUCUGCGUCGAGAAAAUGAAUUUCCAACCGGGCAUCCUGCGCUUGGGGAUACACGGCAUUACACGGGACAUGUCCAUUCUCUUUGUAUCGGGGCGAAUGAUUACGGUCGAUGAACCUUCUCUUUGCGAGAACGUGGCUAGUGUGUUGCCAUCGCUCGAGCAGCUUAGAAACCAACAGGAGGUGAAUGAAGUGGAUAGCGGUUCUCGAGUUCGACACCUAUUGCAUCGUAUCGCACAAACGUCCACUGAAUCGUCUGCCUCGCGUGCCCAAUCGAGCCAAAUGGACCACCAGCUCAAAACGCUGCACUCUGCUUUGGAAUUGCUGCAACUUGUGAAAGCCCAGGGUGCGGAAAGUGUGAUCACGUGUGAGUUAGCCGUAUCAGUCGUCGAAACUGGCAUGUUCUUGGACAGAUGCACGAUCAAACUUGUGUGCUGUUUACGUUUGGUGAAUCCCAACGUGGUUGCCUCGCUUGAUGAAUGGUCGCUAUGUGUGCACGUUCGUACUCGCGACUGUGCGGUAACGACUUACUCGUUCCCGCUGAGUGACGUGCUGACGCGCCAAGGACAGAGUAUCAUCUUAGAUCCAGACACGCUCGCUCAGCAGAACCAGGGAUGUGUGUGGGUAUCAUGCGCGAUGGUGUUUUGUCCUACCGGGGAUCCGUAUCCAGAAAACAAACGUUGCGAAACGGAUUGUAUUCAGUUCAGGCCAAUUGGUCAGGAGAACCUGUUGUCUUUUUCAGUUCCGCUACUUCAAGAUCGAAGGUUCCUGCUCGCACAGCUGAGUCGACCUGUCGACGAAGAUACUUCGAUCAGUGAAGUUGCUAUACAAUCUGCCUUCCGUCAAAGUCACGAGCCAUUCGUGUCAGUUGGACGAAAUAGCCAUGGAGGCAACACGUCGUCGUCUGAACUUUGGGGUGGUGUGCAAUGGUGGGCUGCAUUGGCCGCCCACGCCCACAAGAACGCAUCGUUUGCAGCUCGGUGGUCAAAGAUAGCCCCUCCAGAUGCCCCACCUAUAGAGCUGUCUCCACCGUCACGGUUCGUGAUCUCUAUCCCGUCGUUCUUCGAUGCAGAAGACGAGGACGAUGAGGACAACGAUGAAGGAUUUGAGAAGCCUCGCUUUGAAAGGAUCGUGUCAUUCUUGCGCCGAGCCCUGGAGAUACACGGGGAUGAGGUUCCAUGUUUGCGUCGUAGCUGCAGAACACAGCAUGGAAAGCUGUGGACGAUAUUGCGAUCUAUAUCGGGGAGUCUCAUACUCCUGCGUUUCAUCCCUUCGCAAAAUGACCCCCGGUCUGUUGACCUCACCAUCCAAUGCUCGGACAUAGCGGAUCUCUCAGCAGUGAGAGUCCUUGUCCUGGAGACGAUUGAUGAUUGGGGUAAUGAGACUGAACGCGACAGCAGCGUCGGCGAGCUCGUUCCAGACAUGAGCGAAAUGCUUGACCCCAUCACAACUCUUGACAACCUUCUGGAGGAGCUGACGCACAAAACCGUGAGCAAGAUUGCGGAUCCCCAGUCGACUAUAUGCAGCGAUGAAGUGCUUGAUGCACUCUCACAACUAGCGCACUUAGAGACGCAAACACUCACAAUCUACUGGAAGACAAGCCCCCAGGGCGAUGUGAAAAGCAGAGUCAUGGAAACGGAUCUCGGUGAUCUUUACACACAGAAAUGGUGUCAUGUCCUGUGCCUCCGUGUGCAGCGCGCCAGUGGUAUGUUCUAG